AUGAAGCUCGCCGCUGGUGCUGCUUCGGCACAGAAGAAGGCUCGUCGUAAAGCUCGCACAAAAGCUCGCAAAGCCCGAAUGGCCCUUGCGCAAGAGGAGCUUCUUGCCUCGUCCUCUUCCUCCAAUAAUCCCGCACUACUGCCUGCUUCUUCUCAAGUGGAUUUCUUGCGCAAGGAGAUGAGAAAGGCGCCGGCUUGGAAGGAUUUAAGCGAGAUUGAGAUUGGGGAGAGGGGAUUGAGGGAGGAUGAGGUGGUGGAGACAAUUGGGUGGAAGGGGGGACGGGAGCUUCUGGACCUUUGCGCUUUCGUGAAGAGGUUCGCUACUCUGCCUCCUCCGGUCACCAAAGACAAAGAUGAAGAAGAGGACGAAGGGGACAACCGCAAAGGAGCUCCAAGCGUGCUCGUUCUCACCAACAAUGCUCUUCGGGCGGCACAUAUUGCUCGUGAGCUGCGCAACUUGCUACCUGGAGGAAGCACAAAAGAGGCUGCUCCAACUGGCAAGCCGAACAAGGCAAAACGACAAAAGGGCGAGGAGACCAAAGAAGACACUACAGGGAGCAACAAGGAGGAAGAUGCUUCCACGACUGUGUCAGCAUCAACUCAACAGCCCCUCCAGAUCGCCAAGCUCUUCUCGCGCCAUUUCACUCCAGCUCAGCAAGUCUCCUUUCUGGCAACACAUCGUGUCCUCGCAGGAGCUGGAACACCUCAACGCAUCGCUCUCCUACUUUCCAAGCCUCGGGAAAUCGCAUUCACGCUGGACGUCUCUCGCCUUACGACGCUGGUGCUGGACGCUGGAUGGAAAGACGAGAAGACGCGUUCGUUGCUGGAUGAGCAGGGGGCGCGAGAGGGUCUGGUGGAGAUAUGGGAGAAGAUCAGGGAGAGGAAAGGAAUGGGACAGGUCAAGGUCAUCUUGUUCUAG